AUUGAAAUGUGAGAAAUGGAAAUUGAGUGACCAAAACUGUUAGAAAGCAAAAACCAGACUGAUCGAAAUGUCGAUUUGCAUGUGUAUAUACUAUAUAUAUACGCGGAUAAAUCAUUACUGCAGAAUCAGAUGGAAGUGGAACCCUACGAUUAGAGUCGUAAGCGAGUUUCCUCGUCGUUAUCUCAUUCGUCGAAGAAGACAGGCGCCAAAUCACACACACACAGAGAUACAUACACACACACUUUAAGCUUUCAACAAUGGACGCAAUCGAUCCAACUCGCGGAUUUCUUAAAGAUGUUAAGCGUAUCGUUAUCAAGGUUGGGACAGCUGUUGUCACUCGAGAUGAUGGAAGACUUGCUCUGGGAAGAUUAGGAGCACUUUGCGAGCAGAUCCAAGCACUAAAUUCUCAAGGAUUUGAGGUUAUCUUGGUGUCAUCUGGUGCUGUUGGAGCUGGUAGACAAAGGCUUAGAUACAGGAAACUAAUCAACAGCAGCUUUGCGGAUCUGCAGAAACCACAAGCUGAGCUUGAUGGAAAGGCAUGUGCAGCUGUUGGACAAAAUGGUCUUAUGGCACUUUAUGAUACACUGUUUAGCCAGCUGGAUGUGACUUCAGCUCAGCUUCUCGUGACUGAUAAUGACUUUAGGAGUUCAGAAUUUAGGAAACAACUUACUGAAACCGUGGAUUCUUUGUUAUCUUUAAAAGUCAUUCCUGUAUUCAAUGAGAAUGAUUCCAUUAGCACCCGCAGAGCUCCAUAUGAGGAUUCUUCUGGUAUAUUCUGGGAUAAUGACAGCCUUGCAGCUUUACUGGCUUUGGAGUUGAAAGCUGAUCUUCUUGUGCUGUUAAGUGAUGUAGAUGGGCUUUAUAGUGGGCCUCCUAGUGAUCCUCAAUCAAAGCUGAUUUAUACAUACAUCAAGGAAAAACUGGAGAAUACAAUUACUUUUGGUGAUAAGUCUAGGCUAGGAAGAGGUGGUAUGACUGCUAAAGUAAAAGCUGCAGUUUAUGCUUCACAAGCUGGCAUCCCUGUUGUCAUCACCAGUGGCUUUGCUGGGGACAAUAUUGUAAAAGUUCUUAGAGGACAACGCAUUGGUACACUAUUCCACAGAGAUGCUCAUACAUGGAUCCCAAGUGGGGAGUUAAAUGCACGUGAAAUGGCAGUUGCUGCAAGAGAAAGUUCUAGACUCCUUCAGGCUAUGCCUGCAGAAGAGAGGUGUAAAAUUCUACUAGCUAUAGCUGAUGCACUGGAAGCAAAUGAGAAAAUGAUUUUACAUGAAAAUGAAGCUGAUGUGGCAACUGCACAAGAUGAUGGAUAUGAAUCAUCAUUAGUAUCUCGGUUGGCUCUUAAACCUGGGAAGGUCUCUAGUCUUGCAAAAGCAAUUCGUGUGAUUGCAAAAAUGGAAGAACCAAUUGGUCAAGUAUUAAAGAGAACAGAGCUGUCAGAUGGAUUCAUCUUAGAGAAAAUGUCAUCUCCCUUGGGUGUCCUACUUGUUAUCUUUGAGUCUCGACCUGAAGCACUAGUUCAGAUAGCAUCAUUGGCCAUCAGAACUGGGAAUGGGCUCUUGUUAAAAGGAGGAAAGGAAGCAAAACGGUCUAAUGCAAUCUUGCACAAGAUUAUCACUCAAUGUAUCCCAGACACAGUUGGUAAAGGGUUAAUCGGUCUCGUGACUUCUAGAGAAGAAAUUCCUGAAUUACUCAAGCUUGAUGAUGUCAUCGAUCUUGUGAUUCCAAGAGGCAGCAAUGAACUGGUUUCUCAGAUAAAGUCUGCAACACUAAUACCUGUUCUUGGUCAUGCUGAUGGAAUUUGUCAUGUCUAUGUUGACAAAUCUGCUGACAUGGAAAAAGCAAAAAACAUAGUUUUGGAUGCAAAAACAGAUUACCCAGCAGCCUGUAACGCUAUGGAAACUCUUCUUGUUCAUGAGGAGUUGCUGCAGAAUGGUGGUGUUAACGAGCUUCUGAUUGAACUUCAAACCAAAGGUGUGAGUAUAAAUGGUGGUCCAAAGGCAUGUUCUUUGCUUAAUCUUCCACAAGCACCAUCAUUUCAUCAUGAGUACAGCUCAAUGUCAUGCACUAUUGAAAUUGUUGAUGAUGUGCAUGCUGCCAUUGAUCAUAUACACAAGCAUGGAAGUGCGCAUACUGAUUGCAUUGUAACAGAAGACAUGGAAGCUGCAAACAUAUUUCUGCGCUUAGUUGACAGUGCUGCUGUGUUUCAUAAUGCAAGCACAAGAUUUAGUGAUGGAUUUCGUUUUGGUCUUGGUGCAGAGGUUGGUAUAAGUACUAGCAGGAUCCAUGCUCGUGGGCCCGUAGGAGUUGAAGGAUUGCUAACAACGCGAUGGAUUGCGCGAGGAAGUGGACAAGUGGUGGACAAUGAUAAAGGGGUUGUGUAUACGCACAAGGAUCUUACCCAGCAAGCUUAAAAUUAGUGCUCCAGUCAAACCUUGAAUGGCGAGCAGCUACUUGUGGAUGAUUUUUGUUGCCUGAGCCACGUGUGUGCUAAUUGUUAUCUAUCAAGUGUGAAAUGAAGGUAGCAACAACAUGGAAAUGAUGAUGGUGAUGAUGAUGGUGGUGAUGAUGAUGAUGGGUAUAUUUGUCCUCAGAAAAACAAAAUUACUAGAAUGUUGUACAAUUACAUUUGACAGCACCGGCUUUUUAUGUGUUCGUGACGUAUAAGCGAACCAGGCCGGUGACUGUUGACUGAACUAUUUUUAUUUAAUAAAUUACUCCCUUCGUCCCAA